AUGGGAAGUGUCACAGCUCGAUAUUUCUGUUACGGAUGCCUUUUCACAUCUGCGACCUGGACGGUUUUGCUUUUUAUUUAUUUCAACUUCAGUGAAGUGACUCAGCCACUUAAGAAUGUGCCCAUCAAGGGGUCCGGGCCCCAUGGCCCUUUUCCCAAAAAAUUCUAUCCCCGUUUCACUCGAGGCCCAAGUCGAGUGUUAGAGUCACAGUUCAAAGUAAACAGAAUUGAUGACAUGAUAGAUAAUCAUGUUGAAGAUCCAGAAAAAGGCAACACGAAAUUCUCUUCUGAAUUGGGCAUGAUUUUUGAUGAACGUGAUCAGGAGUUGAGAGACUUGGGCUAUCAGAGACACGCCUUCAACAUGCUCAUCAGUAACCGCUUGGGCUACCGCAGAGAUGUGCCCGACACCAGGAACGCCGCAUGUAAAGACAAGUCUUACCCCGCGGACCUGCCAGUCGCCAGUGUCGUUAUCUGUUUCUACAAUGAAGCCUUGUCUGCCUUGCUUCGUACGGUGCACAGCGUUCUAGACCGCACGCCAGCCCAGCUCCUUCAUGAAAUCAUCCUUGUGGAUGAUGACAGUGACUUUGAUGAUUUGAAAGGAGAACUAGAAGAAUAUGUCCAAAAAUACCUCCCUGGAAAAAUUAAAGUAAUAAGAAACACAAAGCGUGAGGGACUGAUUCGAGGAAGGAUGAUCGGAGCGGCCCAUGCUACAGGAGAGGUCCUGGUGUUCCUGGACAGCCACUGCGAGGUGAACGUGCUGUGGCUGCAGCCCCUGCUGGCCGCCAUCCGGGAGGACCCGCGGACCGUCGUGUGCCCCGUCAUUGACAUCAUCAGUGCGGACACGCUCGCCUACAGCUCGUCCCCCGUCGUGCGCGGAGGGUUCAACUGGGGGCUGCACUUCAAGUGGGACCUCGUGCCCCUUUCUGAGCUCGGGGGACCGGAAGGAGCCACCGCACCCAUCAGGUCACCGACAAUGGCCGGAGGAUUGUUUGCCAUGAACAGACACUAUUUCAAUGAACUUGGACAGUAUGACAGUGGCAUGGAUAUCUGGGGAGGAGAAAAUUUAGAAAUAUCAUUUCGGAUCUGGAUGUGUGGAGGUAAACUCUUCAUCAUCCCGUGCUCUAGAGUCGGACACAUUUUCCGAAAAAGGCGACCGUAUGGCUCUCCUGAAGGCCAGGACACCAUGACGCACAACUCCUUGCGGCUGGCACACGUCUGGUUGGAUGAAUACAAGGAGCAGUAUUUUUCCUUAAGACCUGACCUGAGGACCAAAAGUUAUGGAAACAUCAGUGAGCGUGUUGAACUGAGGAGGAAGUUGGGCUGUAAAUCAUUUAAAUGGUAUUUGGAUAAUAUUUACCCAGAGAUGCAGAUAUCUGGGCCCAAUGCCAAACCCCAACAACCCAUUUUUAUCAACAGAGGGCCAAAACGUCCCAAAGUCCUUCAGCGUGGAAGGCUCUAUCACCUCCAGACCAACAAGUGUCUGGUGGCCCAGGGCCGCCCGAGUCAGAAAGGAGGCCUGGUGGUGCUUAAAGCGUGUGACUACAGUGACCCCGGUCAGGUCUGGAUUUAUAACGAAGAGCACGAGUUGGUUUUAAAUAAUCUCCUUUGCCUGGAUGUGUCAGAAACUCGCUCGUCAGACCCACCCCGACUCAUGAAGUGCCACGGGUCGGGAGGGUCCCAGCAGUGGACCUUUGGGAGGAGUAACCGGCUGUACCAGGUGUCGGUUGGACAGUGUCUGAGAGCAGUCGACCCACUGAGUCACAAAGGCUACGUCGCCAUGGCGAUCUGUGACGGCUCCUCUUCACAGUGGUGGCGUUUGGAAGGUUAAAGUGGCUCCUGUGCCGGAAUAUGGUAAUCCAUCAGCGUCGGCCUCCUCUGUAAGGCGUGAGGCUUGAGAAGUUGCUGGUACAAGAAAAUCCCUGAACUGAUUUCCCAGUUAAGUAGAACCAUUUUUGAGAAGGUGGGACAGCAGAUACACUAGAGACUGGAGCCCAGAGUGGUCAUCAAGGGAGUGAGGAAGUAUGUUUUACCAAGACAUUAACAUCCUUUCUGAGCUGCUAAGGAAUUUCUUGCUUAUGGUGAGAAACUAGAAUACAAUUUUAACUCUAUAAAGGGUCAGGUAUGUACAGAAAGACAAACCCAGGAAAUUGAACAGAAAUGUCAAACUUUUAUUUAUGCUUCUUUUUAAUCCCUUGAAUAAUGGAAUGGCGUUUGUCUGAUCAGGAACUUGUCAUGAUUUCCUUUUUUAGAAGGACUUCAUAGGAAAAUUUUUUUUUUUUACUCCUAUUAUCAUGUCUUAAAAUAAUUUUAAACAGACUGAAUCCACAUUGCUUUUAACUUCAGAAGGCCUCAUUUAUAAGAUUAUAUAUUUAAGAGGCAGUUAACUGUUAUAAAUUAUUUUGAUGAACUAUGGUACUAUCUACAUUUAAAAUAAAGGGUUCUUUUGAUGAUUUA